AUCGUUUCAAAGAUGGCGGAUUUUACGUCCGAGCUCGCGUCCUUCUUCCAGCGACAGAAGCUGGUAUUAUCGCUCGAUUUCUACAUGGAUCAACUAUGGCAACAGUUUUCGAAUGGCGAGCCAUUGAACAAGAGUAUGCUUGCUUUCGUAAGAGAUGUAUUUGUCAAGGCCAGGGACAAGCUUACUGAAGACGCUCACAAGAAGCUUUUGGUUACAAGAUUUUUCUGUGGCAUUGCAGAGGCCAAAAAAGUACUUAACAAUGGAGAAGUCAGCUAUAUCCCAUUGCCGACUGCAUGCCUUAGAACAUUAAAACAUGUUUGUGAACUGUACCCAUACUCUAUAACAGAGAAAAAGCAAAUGUUUUGGAAGUUGUUAGAGGAGAUUUCUCUAACUGCAUUCAGAGCAGGAGACAGGGAACUUGCAACUUCAAGGUUUGAACAGUGUUGCGAGGAAGUAGAGGAGGAAAGUGAGGAUAUUAAAGUGCUUCUUGAAACUGUAAAUCCUGAAGAAUUAAGUCGAAUUCUGAAAAAGCAUCCAUAUGAUAAAUUUCUCAAUUAUUGCUACCUAUUCCUUAAGCCAAUUUGGGAGCAGUAUGAUCGACCCCUACUUGAAAAGUAUAUCAUAGGAGAAGCAUCUCUCGGAGAUGAAGACCAUGUGUCUCCGUCUCUUAUUGAAUUAUUUGAUGAAUAUAUGGAUCCUAAAAAAGAAAUUCCUUCACUUUCAAGAAAGAGACAAACUCCAAGCAAGAGACUUUUUGGCCACAGUAAUGAUAAUAAUGCCUCUCUUUUCACAAAGACAACAAAGACAAUAAAUGCCUUAAAAGAGUCUUCAAAAGCACUUGGUGAUCUUAUCAAGAAUAGAAGAUCAUCUGAAGAAAUAGAUGAUACUGAUGAGAGAAAUGAUGAACUGGAAGAGAAAGACCCCCUUUCACCUUCUAGUGGUGCAAAAGAUGAUUCUUCCAAACGAAAACAAGAAAUACAACAGCAUAAAUUUGGAGACCACCCAUACAUUACGAACCCACAGCCAUCUACAAGUGGCAUAAGCUCCAAUAAUGUACAAGUUAAAAGGAAAUGGAAUUCUGUACAAGAAGAUGCUGAAGAGGUAGAAUGGACAGAUGAUGAGGAUGACCUUCCCCAACCAAUCAAACUUCCAGAUUUUUCAGAGAAGAUUUACACUUAUCAAGGGCGCCACACAUGGACUGAGAGUGAACUAAAAUGGUUGGAAGAAGGAGUAGAGUUAUUUGGAAAAGGACAUUGGUCAAAAAUCCUGAGGCGCUUUCCAUUUCCCAAGUACAGAACAUCUGUCCAUUUGAAGGACAAAUGGAGAAACCUGAAUGGAUGAAGAUGGAACCAAAUUCUGUUGAUUUUAUUGUAAAGCAAUAUAAUUCAGUACUCUAGAGUUAUCAAUCUAGUACCAUAUUAGGUUUGACUAGGAAGAGAUCAGAUGAGCUGUAGAACAACUAGAUGGCUUGGUUAAAUCAACAAAAUAGAUCAACACAAGGUUGGCCUGGUGAAAAGAGUGUAGUUUUACUGAUGUUUUUAGAAUUAGCCCCCUAAAUGAAGGGCUAAUGCAAAAAAUGUCAGUGCAAAUGCAUGAAACUUACAACUUCAACGUUUUGUUGAUUUAUUUCUCUAGUGCCAGAUUUACCACUGUACAAGACAUUGAGGUUGUGACUUAUACACAGAGCCAAAUCUUAUGGAAGAUUUCUUAUUGACCCGGCAUUGGUGGCAUCUGCACUGACUUCAUAGUUUAAGUACCUUGUCGUGUUUUUUAUUUUUUGUAUUUAUCUUAUGCAAAGAAGCAACUGAAUAACAUUUUUUGAUUUUAUAUAAAUCCAGGUGAAUCUAAUACAAAGUAACAUUUUAUAUAUGUGUGUAAAUGGAAUGAUCAGAAGUCAUUAACCUCUGUUUGGACGAAAAAUAUUUAGGUUUGGAUGAAAAUCUCCUUGUUUGUCUAAUCACUGGAAGAGCAAAAACCAAAAAAGCCCAACUUCCUUUAUCUUUUGGGUCUGGGGGUUGGUAGAUAUACAUGUGUAGAACUUGAAGACUUUUUUUAUAUUGUUUGUAUUGUAAAUAAAAACGUUGCAAAUAUUAAAAA